AUAGGUUAGAUAUAAAUUUAACGAAAAUAGGUUAAAAAACAAUAAGAAGUGUAUAUAAUAACGAAUAAGAGUAUUAUUUCUUAAUACAUUGUAUUCAAUGGAUUUAACAAUAUUUAACAGUCUAAAAUAAAAAUGUUGUAAGCUGUACAGUGUAAGGUAAUUGAUGAUAAUUAAGUCUAUUAUUCUGUUGUUCCUACAUCAGCUUUUAUAUAUGUGGAGCAACAAGAUAAUUGGUAUUACAAAGUUUUUAAACGCGUUUCAGUGCAAAUAAUAGAAACUUUGAAAUUUUUAGUAUUUGCUUUUUACAACAAAAUUUAAACUUGUUAAAUGCCAAGCUCUUUAAAUACUGGUAUUAUUAAUUAUUAUUGAAAUUAUCGUAUUUUUGUAAUUUUAAUAUCACUUUACAAUUAUGUAAGAUAGUACAUACUUUUAGUGUAAUUGUACAUUACGAUUUUUUUCUUGGAAAAGUUUCGUACGUAUGUAAGUAUAUGUAUUUCUAAACUUUAUGCGCCUUUAUCUCUAUUUAAGGUACAAUUUAAUUUCAAGUGUUUGUCAACGGAGCGCAAUGUAUACAUCACAUCGAUAAAAGAAAAGCGUGAAUGAAUAUACGAUUGACUAAUAAAUGAAGAAAGCAAGACUCAAUUGAAUCCCGAGACCUAAAUCCAUACAUGGAGGAGAUUUAUCAUUACCGAUCGGUUGAGCGCUCUAGCGGUGGCAUUGGAUACUACAACACGACAGUGCUACGUGAGAAGUCGUGAUGGAGUAGUUUAUACCCUGUUUGGUCGCCGUUUCUCAUUCGUCUUCAAAUACGUCUAAAAUUAUUACGUAUAAUCAGAGUGUACCAGUCGUUUAUAUAAAGAAGAAGAACAUUGUAAUCGUGUCAAACAGUAUGUCCUUUAUUUGUGAAACAACUUUUUCGGUGCAAGUAUUAACGUAAUAGGAAGAGACAGUGCGGAAGGGUCAGGUUAUCUUCUUUGUUCGAGAAAAGCCUCAUCAGUAGGCAAUGGCGCGGGAAGCUCGCGUUCUGAAAUCGGUGUGUGCAUGGCGUAGGUGAUGAUCGGUGUUUCUACAUACAUAUGGCAUGGUGUUUACGGCGAGUUGGAAGAUUUACAUACCUCGCUGGAUUGACCAGCUCGUCGAUUUUUGGAUACGACCUGUGCCCGUGAGUCGCCAUGAGGCGCAUUAGCGGAUAAUAAGCUGUCGUCUGAUCUGAUCAGUCCAUCCCUGCUUUGCGAAUGUUGUAAUCAAGAACGACGUCUGGUUUUGCUUUGUAACUGGCUGUUCUCGUGACCGCACAACAACUUGGCGGCAUGAACCGGCCGUCCAAAGCUGUGACCCAGGCAAAGAAAGUGGCACCACCAGCUGUACCCGAUGUAUUUCGACAUUCAGGCUCCUCUUUUGGAUCCGCUGGAUAUGCGAGCAGCGAAGAUAGCUGCUUCCUGCCCGGAAGUGGACCAGGAGGAACAACGGACGAGGGUUCUUACGGAGUGCCAUCUGGAAAAAGUCCGGGACCUAUUUUUACUCAUCCUGGCUUUGCUUUUCCAUCGGUCGUCGGCAAAUAUGCUCAUGCUGAAGAUCAAGGAAUCGACAUGACUCAAAGUCCUGGAAGAGAUAGCCCGGGUAGUUCAGGAUCAGGUUCUGGUUCCAGACAUUCUACAGCCUCGUUAGACUCUGGAAGAGCUUCGGGAUAUCAUUUAGGCCCUAGAGGACCUGGUGCUCUCACUUCGUCUCCCAGGUGUUCUAUUAGCUCCCUUGGCAGUCAUCCUGACAGACCAGCAGACCUCGACGUCGUUCAUGUUUGGUUAACCGAGCUCCAAUUUGAAGAAUAUUUUCCAUUGUUUGCUUCUGCUGGUUACGAUCUCGCUACCAUAACGCGUAUGACACCAGAAGAUUUAACAGCAAUAGGAAUUAAGAAGCCUAAUCACAGAAAACGUUUGAAAGCGGAGAUAGACAAUUUAAAUAUAGGAGACGGCUUGCCAGAGCAUAUUCCUGGCUCGUUGGAAGAGUGGCUUAGACUUUUACGACUGGAAGAAUAUCUUGGGGCUCUUCAUCAACAGGGUAUGCGUUCGGUCGAGGAUGUAACGACUCUGACCUGGGAAGAUCUCGAGGAUAUAGGAAUUGUGCGUUUGGGCCAUCAAAAGAAAUUACUGCUGGCUAUUAAGAGAGUGAAGGAUAUUCGUGCUGGCAAACGUAUACAGCCUCUUGAUCUUGCACGACUGCCACCCCAUCCUGGACAAACACAAGAUGUAGUCAUUCAACGAGGUGGCCCAGACUUGCCAUCGCCAGACGAGGAUUGUUCCUCGCCAGUCUUGAGAUCUUUCCAAAGAGGAGGAAGCGACACUACGUCCGGGGGCGCGUGGAGAAGUAUGUACGCUGCUCUGCCAGCUGAUUACAACAUCGUCGGACGAACUGGUUCACGAGGAAAGUCUUUGGAGAGUUUAGAGGAUGCACCGCUUGGAUAUCCUCCGUCUCCUGCUCCUUCCACGCAUCCUCAACAAAUUGAAUGGCGUCCACGCAGCUUCGAAGAUGGUGAUCUUACUCCUACCAACGAUACUUCCGUGGUGGACGCAGGUGGUGGUACUCUUCCGCGUCCGAGGCAUUGUCUCGUUCGUCCGCGACCUGUAGCCAAGGUCGCCGCCACGCCAGGACAAUUUAAAUCAUUACCAAGAGACUUUGAUAACAAGUAUCAAUUAACUUACGGUCUCGAAAGUAGUCCACAUCUUCCGAAACGUUGCCCUCCGUCUCCUCCAAGACGCCAAAGCUCUAGAGACAACAGUGGUUCCGGUGUAGUUGGAGGAACAGGAGUUGGUGACGUCGUGAUUGAUUGCAGUGGACCAGUACCAACUGCUUCUUGCGAGGAUCAUCACAUGCAUCAUCAUCAGCAUCAUCACUUGCUUCAUCAUCCUUCGCCUCCACCCCCAGCACCCGCAGCUGCGUCAUCCACUCCACCGCAAAUGAACCGACCACCCUCUUCCAUGUCGCGCUCUUGGGGCAGCGUCAGUGUCAAUGUUAACGAGGAACACGAAUUAAUUGCUUCUCUUGCUCUGCAACACCGUAACGGUUCUGACGCCAGUUUUAAGUCAAGUUCCAGUACAGAAUCAGACUCACUGCCUUUUGCUAAUGAAAACGCUGGUACGAUAAAACAGAGAGCUGCUCGCGCACAAGAAUAUGCAAGUGGUAAUUCCAAUAACAGUAUGCAGAGCCAUGGAAUAACCCAUCAUUCCGGUGGUAGCGAACCGGCGGAUGUAUUGAACGACAUUGGAAAUAUGCUUGCAAAUCUUACCGACGAACUUGACGCUAUGCUCGAAGAGGAAAAGCGUCAAGGCCUGACUUCAUAAUUGCUGCCUUUGUUUGCACCGUAUUUUCAGUUUAUUAACGGUAUAAGAAAGAAGAAGCAUCUUCAGCGGCACAACCGAUAAUAAACUUUUCACGCUAUAAGGUAUAAUAUGGUAGAACACGAGCAGGAUUAAAUUCGAAUUAUCAAAUUUCAAACAGCCACUGUUUUGAAAUGAGAACACGCUCAGCGUUGGAUAACUACUGUAACAUAAGUUACAUCCUGUUAUAAUUGUAUCAGUAUGGUGGAUCGUAUAUUCAUCCAUGCCAUAAUCUUAAUUUUAUCAAUUUCUACUUCCUUUUUCUCUCGUUUUUAUAGAACAAAGCUUCUUAUUUUUCUAUCGAAUUAUUAUGAACUUGUGAAGUUUCCAGAGACACCUCGUUGUUGCACAAUUUUUGUAAUUCUUCUAUUCCUCCAAAGUACUUAUUACUAUACAUAUAUACACAUAUAUUUUUACUUACGUUCGUUACAUUUAUAUCAGAUAAUGUUAACAGUUUGGACUUUGACAUUUUUAUGCAAAAUAUACAAAAGAAACCAUUCAAAUGAAAAUACACUUAAUGAAUAAGUAUAUGCCUUAUGAAAAAAAGACUGUAAAAAACAUCGGUGUAGUCUAGAUCCCCCUCACUUUACAUUUACACAGCAUAAAGACUGAUAUUUUUUCUCUGGGAACUUCAUUGGUUGCAGCAUACGUACAUUCCAGGUAGUAUAUUUCCUUUUCCACUUCCGUCCUUUGCUAAAACGAUAGCACGUUAGAUUGGGACCUUCAUAACUGUUGGAACUGUUAGACAUUUUGAGAAUUAGUACAAUACAAAGAGGUAAACUUCUGUAUCCCUUUCUCCAAAAUGAAAUGAUUCUUCCAAUGAUGUCAAAGAAAAAAAUUAUUGAUUCAAGUUGUUUUUUAUAUUGAAGCAUAAUUAUACCUUUGACUAUAUAAUGGUACAACAUCUAUAAGAGUUUAUGAUAGUUUAUAAUAAACAAACGAGAAAUUUACAUCUUCCAUUAUCUGAACUUGAGAAGAAAGUUCUCAUAAGACUGAGAACGAACCGACGUAGAUAUUUGACUGCCAAUUAAAUUUCAAGAUUAUACAGUUUAAUACAGAAUCAUAUGCACUGUAAGCCAAUUAACAUUUUAUAUUUAUUAUCCGUACUAAUAUAGUGAUGUAUGUAACUCACUAUUGUUAUAUGGUGCACAAAUCAUGUGGAACCUACAGAGUAUCCACAUGUAUCAAAUCAAAGUAAUGAUAGUAGUAGAAUGUUGUUGAUAAAGUGUUCAGGUUCUCCCCCCCCCUACAUCCAAAAUAUGAUACUGAUACGUAUUGAGACUUGGGCGUAAAACAUGAUGCAUAAACUUUAUUAGAAAAAUUUAUGUGUAUGUGCUGAUGCAUAUAUGCGUAUACAUUUGUAUGUGGUAACUUCAAACGAUUAACGAUCAUGAGUUUGUACUUGGUUUAGUUUGAGAUUUCAAGUAUUUUGAAGUCUGUGAUCUUCAUUAACUGCCUCCAAUCUUUGUUGACAAACCAGUUUGUAUGUACUAUGAUUAAAAUGUUUCAUUUUUUAAUUCAUAUAUAUAUAGAUAUAUAUGUAUAGAAUUUAGAAUUCUUAUGAUGCUCUUUAUUUUGCAUCUCUUAAAGGAGUAUAAAACUUGUUGUAUCUGUAUAAAUCAGUUUUACAACCAAAACAUAAAUUACAAUGAAUUCAUUUAUACUAUCAUUGUUUUAAUGAAUUUUACUUUUAAUCUUGAUACAUGAUUUGUUAUACAUAUAUAUAUAUAUCUUUAAAUUCAGCUAUGCCCUAUUAUUAUGACGCAAGAAAAAUGUGGUAGGACAUAUACAAGAUUUUGAAAUACACUUAAAAUUUAGGAUAAUCAACUAAACAUUGGGGCUACAUUAUUGUGGCCUGCAGACUUGUUAACUACUGUAGGUAUACAUAUAAUAGUAUAUACAUAUAUCAUUUUAAGCAGUGUACUUAGGGAAACUGUUUUGCGGUGCUGCAAAUUUAUAAAUUAAUUAUUAAUUAUGUUUAAUUCUUAUUGCGGUAUAUUGUAAUAUCAGAAGUAGAUAAACGAAUCAUAAUUUUAAUGUAUUUGUACAUAAAUUUGACAAUUUUCAACUUGAAAUUGCGGUAAGUUAUUUCUAAAGAAAAACUUAAGCAAUAUAUGAAUUUAAAUGAUGAGAAUUUUUAAUGUCUCGACAAAUUUUUAUAUUUGUAAACAGUUACUGAUUAAUUGUUUUUCAGAAAUUGGAUACAGAUACACGAGUAUUUUUAAAAGAAUAUACAAAUAAUUCAUUUUGUUUAAAAAAUUAUUGAUAUAAAUAUCAAAAAAUAAAAACUAUACACUGAUAUUUUGAUGUAGGUGUUUAGACGGUAUAAAUGUUGAUACGAUGAGAAAUUUUGCAAGUAAUACGCGUUGGCAGAAAAUAAAAUAUUUUAUAAUAACAUUGAAUGGUCGAGUAACCAUACUUGUUUUUAUAACAUAUAAAUUGACAAUUUUGAUAACGUGUACAAUAGGAUAUAAUCCAAAAAAUGAAUUCAAUCAGAAUUUCAAAUCAAACUCUGUAUAGAGUUGAAAUAUCAAUUGUGAAUAGAUUUAUUUAAUAUUUAUUUGACGAUCAAUUUUUGUUCAUUAAGCGUAUUGAAAAUAUAUUAUAAAUGAUUUUAUUAGUAUUUCGAAAGUAUUAUUUUAAGUAAAACAUUAUGAGAGGUAUAGAUCCAUGCAAUAAGAAAAUCUAUAUACAGUAACGUAUACAUAUUAAUAUUUGUAGUCUAAUAGUGUUAUUAGAAAUGCUUAAGAUGAUAUAAUUAUUGCUUUUAGAUGAAAAAAAAAGAUCUUUAAUAGUAUUAUUUCCAUUUUCAGUUUUCAGUGCGAAUAAACUGUCUCUAUAGAAUUAAAUACACUAUGUUUACUUAAAAUAAUGCAUUCGUGGCGUUUAUGGCAGUUUGUGGCAUUCCUUGAAUUAUGAAAUACAUGCUAUUUACUAUUUUUAAGUCUUUAUAGUUUCGUUUAAGCAAAUAGUUAAUAUUAAGUGAUAUCAUAAACAGAAAUUCAAUCGAUGGCUGAUUUUUGGCAGCUAAUUCAGAAUUCCUGAAGACAUUGCUUCUACAUGGUAUAUACAUAUUAUAUAUAUAUAUAUAAAUAUUAUAUAAAUAUAGAUAUAAAUAUAAGUAUAAAUAUGUAUUUAUAUUUAUAUUUGUAUUCAAUUAGUCAUAGUUUUUGUACAAAACGUAUGCGUCGCUGCAAUUUUUUUCAGCGAAUUCAAUAUCCGCCUAAAUGCAUUUUACGAGUCCUCGAGACCCUUCCUACUUUUUGUGUUUGUUUAAAUGCACGUUAAACACAAUUAUUUUAUUUAUCAAUUAUGAUGAGAAUCAUUAAAUAAAACUAAUUGACAGACUCAA